AUGAGAAUUUGUGAGACUAAGAGAUAUUGUGGAGAAGUGAGAAGCUCGAUGUUGUUAUACGGUGGCGAAAUUUAUGUCAUUGCUUAUGCCAUUGUGGAUGUGGAGAAUAAAGAUAACUGUAAAUGGUUUUUGGAAUUACUACAUAAAGAUCUUGGAAAUUAUGAGCAUAAUGGAUGGAACUUCAUCUCAGACAUGCAAAAGAGUGUUGCACCAAGGAGGUAUGGCCUUAGAGGACCGAUUCCUUCAGCUGAUAGGCCUAAGAAUACACCAAUGAGGGGUCCUGCACCAGCUCAUCCAACUCCUGCUUAUGUAAUUUCUCAGACUUAUGACUUAUUACCUAUGACUUUUGCCUAUGUAAUAUUUCAGUUUCAAUUUGUGUGUUCUGUAAUUUCAAGGAUCAAUUUGAUAUAUGAUUAAA